GCCAAGUCCCCGAGACUCGAAUCAACCAGUGCAUCCAACCCGCUAUAGCCGAGCCUUAACAUCCAGGAGGAGAGAGCCGAGCCAAGGCGCUGUCCGCCGCAGAGAUGGCCGCCGAAAACUAUCACCUCAAGUGGGACUCCCACCUGUCCUAUCUAAACUCUUCCAUUGCAACGCUAUACAAAAAUGAAAAGUUUGCCGAUGUGGUCCUUUACAGCUCCUACAACAGCAGCGGCAUCCCCUCGGACAUACCCACGGUUGGCAUCUCGGCCCACAAGUUCAUCCUGAGUGCUUCGUCUCAGUUUUUUGCCACCAUGUUCGAAACAGCACCGAUUACCGCUCCUAAUGGCGUGCUGUACGUCGUCCUGCCGCCAGAUCUCAGCCAUCGGGCCAUUCAGAUCCUGGUGCAGUACAUGUACAGCGGCGAGGCCACAGUUUCCAACGAUAUACUCAACGAGGUGCUGCGUGGCGGCGAGAUUCUUAAGAUCCGCGGCCUGUGCCGCACCAGCGCUUCCAACGGCGGCGGCUCCGUCGUGUCCACCUCGCACCACACCCUGGGCGGGCACCUGCACUCGCGGGAGGCGAGCGCCAUGUACAUGUCGAAUGGCACGCGUUCUGCUGCCCUGCCGCCUCCUCCACCGCCGCCGCCCAUUUCAGAUCAUUAUUCCAGCAAACCGGGAGGAUCCACACGCUUUGCACUGGAACACCACCACCACCUGUCGUCACACCACAACCACCUGAGUCACCACCAUCAGCAGCAGCAGUUCCGCGGACUGGGCGCCUCCGUGAUGCCCAAGGACAGUCCCGUGAUCAUCAAGUCACCAAAGAUGGCUGCCCACACAGGCCUCCUCACAGUGGCCAGCAGCAGCAAGCUGGGCAUCUCGGUCAACAAGGAGGUGGCCAUCGAUCCGGAGGACAAGUGCUGCUUUGCGGGCCCCGGGCAAGUGGAGCCGCAAGCACAUCCACCGCCUCCAACUUCAUCGUCGACAACCGCCGGUGGCGGCGGCGGUGGUGGAGGAACUAUAGCAGCAGGUGCCUCAGCCUCCCAGCCCAUAUCCAUAUGCACGGAGGUGGGUUGCAGCAGUUGUCCCAUGGCCCCUGGCCCCAGCACGGAGCAAUCGGAGACCAGUUUGCGGCGCACGGAGUACGAGGAGCAGGCGUUGCGCGAGCGUAACGAGGUGGGGCUGGUCUUCGAGCGACGUCUUCGAAGGGAAAGUGCCUGCGAGAGAUCUCGCGACUACUACGAGGCACCACCGCCACAUUUCGAGCACGUGGUGCCCUCCCGUCUGGCUGCCACCCCACCACCACCACCAGCACCACCUCAACAGGCGCCGCCAACCCAUCGACAUGGCCACAACUUCCUCACCAUUAAGCAGGAGCCGACCGACUGGAGCACAAACCCACCCAAUGCGUCCAGUGCCAACAACAACAACCUCGAGGAGGGCCCGCUGGUGUCGCCAAAACAGCCGCUGGACUUCAAGAUAAGCGCCGUUAAGAUGGAGGUGAACCGGGAUAGGGGCACGCCCUCAGAGGACUCCGAGGAGCACACGCUGCGCGACUAUAACAACUUCAAGCAACUGCUGGUUUGCGAGAUCUGCCAGAAGUCAUUUGAGGACACCAAGAUGUUGGUACGACAUCUGGGUACCCAUGCCAGCGAUCCGGCGGGCGGAGCGGGGUCCAAUUUGCUGGGGCCCAGUGCCAGUGGCAGUGCUCCGAGCGCCUCCGGAAACUCUAGCAAUCUCGCCCUGAGAGCCUUGAAAACCUAUGUGCCAAAGAAGCGACGCCGCGUCUCGCAACAAGAAAACAACAUGGAUCACGAUCAUGUCACGCUGCUCUGCGAUUUGUGCUCCACUGCCUUCGAAACGCCCGCGGAGUGGGUGCGCCACAUGAACAGCCAGCACACCGAGAUCGAGCUGGCCAUGUUCAACAGCAAGAAGGAUGGCGAGCAGAAGGGCCAGCAGCAGCAGCAGCAGCAGCAGCAGCCGGCCACCAGCAGCUCUUCCACAGUGUCCACCAGCCAAAUGCAGCCAAAGUAUCCCAGCUCCACCACCAACCCCACGCGGUCGAUGCUGCUCAACAGGAGCAACAACGUCGAUGUGGCAGCUUCAGCUGCAACCUCCACCUCUCCGGGACCUUCAGAGGCAGCCGCCACCUCAUCAUCGAGCUCCUAAGGAUGACCACCAGCACCACCAACACUCGCCACACGAUCCCGGGAUCAAAGGGGCACAGUGAGCCACAUCAAGACACCAUUUUGUUCGAUAAAUUCAAGUCGUUCCAGUCGUAAUCAAAAACAAGGAGGAUGUUUUUAAGGCAACAGCAAGAACCGUGAUCAAAAUGCAACCAGUUUGCAUAUUUUAUAGAGAGCAACAAGCAAAAUACAAAAAUCGCAAAAAAAUUAACGAAACUGUAAACGAAACUCUUAGAAUCGGAAUCGUCAGGCAACGAUGCAAAACAAAAACAAAACAAACCUAAGUGUAAGGGACACCUUUUUCGAAAACGAAAGGAAAACAAGAUUUAAC